AAGGGCUCAAACGCAGUCCAGUUGGAGACCAGAACGGAUCGCCGCCGGUUCCCAGAAGCAACUAAUCCCCCGAAACUACUGAAAACUAGGAAAAAAGAGUCUGAAAACCCCCGAAAACCAAGGAAAGAAAAGUGAAAAUGUCGCUGAUACCGUUCAUACUCGAUUUGGCCGAGGAGCUGCACGACUUCAACCGCAGCCUGGCCAUGGACAUAGACGACUCGGCCGGAUUCGGGCUGUAUCCCCUGGAUGCCACCUCACAGUUGCAUGCCCCACAGCUGAGUCGGGGGCUGGGGCGUGGGAACGCGAUGAUGUGGGUGCCCAUCAAGGGUCAGUCGCCGGUGCAGCAGCACCGCCACCAUCCGUACAACCGGGUGGCCGGUGCGAAGACCGUGUGCUGCAAUAAGUCGCUGCUGGAGCUGGAGAAGGAGCUGGGCGCCGACAAGGGCACUUCCGGCGGAAGUGGCGGCAGCGCCAGCGGUCAGCCGACGGCCAGCAAAUCCGCCUACUCGGUGGUCAAUCGCAAUGGCUUCCAGGUGAGCAUGAACGUGAAGCAGUUCGCCGCCAGCGAGCUGACCGUCAAGACCAUCGACAACUGCAUCGUGGUCGAGGGGCAGCACGACGAGAAGGAGGAUGGCCACGGGGUGAUCUCGCGCCACUUCAUCCGCAAGUACAUCCUGCCCAAGGGCUACGAUCCCAACGAGGUGCACUCCACUCUCUCCUCGGACGGGAUUCUGACGGUCAAGGCGCCGCCACCGCUUCCAGUGGCCAAGGGAAGCCUGGAACGGCAGGAGCGCAUCGUGGACAUCCAGCAGAUAUCGCAGCAGCAGAAGGAUGCGCAGCCGCCGAAGCCGGCAGAGCAGCAGCAGGCAGAGCAGUCUGCCAACGUUACCGUUCCCACUUCCACUACCACUUCUAUUCCAACUGCACCCACACCCGGAACCACUUCCACUUCCCCUUCCACUCCCACUGCCUCUCUCUCGCUCAGUCUCUCGGAGAGCAACGGCAAUGGCCAGGAGGAGGCGGAGAUGGAGUCGGAAGUAGCGGCUCUUUCGCCCUCUCCUUCCAGCGCGGCUGCUGCCACAGCCGCCGCUGCAGUGGAAGCCCCUUCCAGCGGCAACAAUGGCGUUGCAGAAGCAGAGCCCCUGGAAGUGGUUGCCAAAAACGAAGAGGCAGACAAGGAGGAGGAGCCCAAAGCCACCCCCACACCCAAACCCGUUGUGACCAGCGAAGGGGAGCAGAAGGCUGAGGAUGCCAAUGCCAACGAAGUGGCCGUCGCCUCGAAUAACGGUAACGGAGCCACCGCCGAAGCUGCCGAGGAUGUGGAAAUGCCGCUGGCCAAGAAGCCCGAAGAUUCCACGGCAGCAGAGGAGAGCAAAGAGGAGAAGGCGAAGGAGGAUGUGGAGAAGCUGGAGAAGGUGGAGGUGGAGAAGGGCGGCGAGGAGCUGGCCGCCGUGGAUGCGGCCAUACUACUGGCCAAGAACCAGGGCGAGAACGGAGCCACUGCAGCCAAGGGAGCUGAGGAGCUGGCCAAGAAAGGCGAAACCAAAAUGGCGCUAUCCACUCUUCUGUCGCUGGUGGACGAACUCCAGGAGCCCCGCAGCCCCAUCUACGAGUUUGGCCUGGGGCUGAAUCCGCACUACCUGCAGCCCCAUGGCAACCAGCGUCGCCGCUCGAUCAACGGUUGCCCCUGCGCCCCGCUCAUCUGCCCCUCGUCGCCCGCCGGCCAGGUGCUGGCCCUUCGUCGCCAGGUGGCCAACCAGAACGACAUCCACUGGCCGGCCACCGCUCAGGUGGGCAAGGAUGGCUUCCAGGUGUGCAUGGACGUGGCCCAGUUCAAGCCCAGUGAGCUCAACGUCAAGGUGGUGGACGACUCCAUCUUGGUCGAGGGCAAGCACGAGGAGCGCCAGGAUGACCACGGCUACAUCAUGCGGCACUUUGUGCGCCGCUACAAGGUGCCCGAGGGCUACAAGCCGGAGCAGGUCGUCUCGCAGCUGUCCUCCGACGGCGUGCUCACCGUCAGCAUUCCCAAGCCGCAGGCCAUCGAGGACAAGUCCAAGGAGCGCAUCAUCCAGAUCCAGCAGGUGGGUCCGGCCCACCUCAACGUCAAGCCGAACCAGGCCAGCGAGCUGAAGGGCAAGGAGAACGGAGCGGCCAACGGCACCCCCAAGGCCAGCGCCGCCGCCAAGUAGAGCCCACCUGGAGAUCAUCGAAUUCCUGUGGUACUCCUUAAAAUCAUCGAUAGAAUCAACUCCAUAUUCCACUGCCAAAGCACCCGUCAUUCCCUCACAAAUAUGUAUGUUCCUUAUUUAUUUCAUUGCAUUUGUAACGAGCUAAGGACUUGAAGAAUAAGUUAUUAAAUCACCUGGUGUGAAGAGUUAAACUUA